CUCCACGGCCAAAGCAUCAAGCCACAAACACACAAGUAGCCAUUUUUCCUACUGCAUAGCACCAAUACAUAAGUUAAAGAGACUCGAAAGCCAAAGUAAAUCCAAAAUGGCCUCUUCAUUCCUUCUCGCUGCUCUUCUUGCGUUGGUCUUUUCUCAGGCCGUUGCUUCUGAUCCUGGCCCCCUCCAAGACUUCUGUGUCGCUGACAAGCACUCACCUGUGCGAGUGAAUGGGUUUGUUUGCAAGGACCCAAUGGUUGUGAAUGCGGAUGAUUUCUUCAAGGCAGCCAACCUUGACAAGCCUAGGGACACCAAGAUGAGCAAGGUGGGGUCCAACGUCACUUUGAUCAAUGUCAUGCAGAUCCCGGGCCUCAACACAUUGGGCAUCUCAUUGGCGCGCAUCGACUAUGCUCCCUUAGGUGAGAACCCACCACACACACACCCACGUGCCACUGAGAUCCUCACAGUGCUUGAGGGGACCCUCUAUGUCGGAUUUGUCACCUCCAACCCAAACAAGCUCUUCUCCAAGGUUCUCAACAAGGGUGAUGUGUUUGUAUUCCCUGAGGGGCUCAUCCACUUCCAAUUCAACCCCGUCUAUGACAAGCCAGCUGUCGCCAUUGCUGCACUCAGCAGCCAAAACCCUGGGGCUAUUACUAUUGCCAAUGCAGUUUUUGGAUCAAAGCCACCGAUUGCAGAUGAUGUAUUGGCCAAGGCAUUUCAGGUGGAAAAGGGUACAAUUGAUUGGCUCCAGGCUCAAUUCUGGGAGAACAACCACAACUGAAGGACUUAACUCGUUGGUUGUAUGAGAAGAUGUCCAUUUAUAAUCUGCAGAGGAUGUGUUUUAAUGUCUAUGUUACAAGCAAAAAAAAUAAGUGGCAUGUAUGUACUUCUAUAACAAUUUUAUUGUGGACAACCAUCAAAUCCCUGACAAAAUAGAUUUCUGGUCUAUUAAUGUUUUAUGAUGUACCUUGGUGUGUUUUUCUUUCCAUUAAUAAAAAGAUAUGGUGCGUAAAGUUCCCGCAUAAA